AUGAUAUUAUUUAGAAGCCAUUAUGGGUCGCAAAUAACGCUCUUGAAAUCCACAAGGGUCAGGACAAGGCUGCCGAGAUGCAGUUUCCAUAAUUUCAACGGAUUAGCGCGCCAUCAGCACAAAAACAUGUGGUCUCUGCAAUCCUUACUGCGAGGCGUAGGAUUCGAAGAAUUAUACCGAAUACGCUCCAACAUUGAGCUAUUGAUCCAGGACUUCUCGAAAAAACCUAUUCCGCCCAUAUCAUAUGAGUAUCUUACACAGUAUAAGACACCGAUGACUGCGAACGAGAAAUACAUGCUUGCAAUUAAGACUGUGAAUUUGCUGUUGACCUACACUUGCAGGCGGUUAGCGGCAAUUCAGAAACUGCCUUACAUUGCUGUUCUGAAUCCAAAUAUUGAGGAAACCAACAGGCUCUACUUGCAGACUUUGGAAAGUCUGUUGUCUAUUAAUUAUCCUUACGGCCUGCACGAUCAGGACGUGAUGGCUCAAAAGCUUACGGAAUUUCUUGACGACCAUCAAGAUACCUUGGUAACGCUGUCGCGCGGAUUUCAAGAGAUUAUGGAAUAUUACCCCAAGGAGUCCGUUUUCCAAUUUUUAAACUCACAUUUACGGGAUCGUAUUGCAAUGAAACUUUUGGCAACACAUUACCUGUCUCUUGUGUCCCAAGAGUCCGACAAUCUUCCUGUAAUUGGAGUUCUGCACAAGGAGAUGAAAAUUUCGGAACUUGUGAGGCGAGUGGAAGAAUUCGUCGGUGACCUUUGCUAUGUGAAAUACGAUCAUCAAACACCUAUUGAGAUUUUAGAGGGCGAAGAAGUAACGUUUCCUUGCAUCGCGACAGACCUGGAAUACGUUCUAACAGAACUAUUGAAAAACUCCAGCAGAGCACACAUUGAGAACUCCACACCCGACAACAAUGUUGCGGAAAAACCAAUUCAGAUUACCAUUGUGCGUAAUGAUAAUGAAUUGGAGAUCAGAAUUCGUGAUUUUGGGGGCGGUAUACCACCAGGCGUAGAGGACUGUAUGUUCGACUACUCUUAUACCACAGUGAAUACAGAUGCUAAAGACUCGGGUAUGAGCGCAUAUGUACUGCCAGGGGCGGAUGUGUGCAACGUUUCAGGAAUGGGUUUCGGUCUGCCUAUGUGCAAAGCAUAUAUGGAACUGUUCAACGGGUCAUUGGACAUACAGAGCCUUUGGGGAUGGGGUACAGAUGCUUACAUUAAGUUGAAAGGACCAGAUGCAAGGUAUUUAAAAUAA